CUUCUCGGGGCAGACAGAUAACCCACCUGCAAGAACUGCAUUUAAAGAGGGGCAAAUAAACCAGCAGCACUUUAACAUGUACUCAAACAAAAACGAAGGACCGCGCAGAGGAAGAUCAUUUGACUCCAUGAACAUUGGCUUUGAGGACAAACUGCUGAACAAUGAGAUAAACAAAUCAACCUUCACAAAAAUUGAGGAAAACUCCACUGAAAAGAAGAAUACUUCAGAGAAGGGGAGGGCGACAAUCAUCUUCUCCCUGAAGAAUGAAGUGGGAGGACUAGUGAAGGCGCUCAGACUCUUCCAGGAAAACCAUGUCAACCUUGUUCACAUAGAGUCCAGAAAAUCCAAAAGACGCAACUCUGAGUUUGAAAUUUUCGUGGACUGUGACAGCAACCACGAACAACUGAACGAAAUCAUCCAGCUGCUUCGAAAGCAUGUGAACGUGGUGGAUAUGGAGCCUCCAGAUAACUCCUGUCUAGAAGAGGAAGAAAUGUAUAACGUACCUUGGUUCCCAAAGAAGAUUUCAGACUUGGACAAGUGUGCUAACCGUGUCCUGAUGUAUGGCUCCGAGUUGGAUGCAGAUCAUCCGGGUUUCAAGGACAACGUCUACCGGAAAAGGCGAAAGUACUUUGCUGAUCUCGCCAUGGCCUUCAAACAUGGGGAUCCGAUUCCUCGUAUCGAGUUCACAGAGGAGGAAGUGAAGACUUGGGGAGUGGUGUACAGGGAGCUCAACAAGCUGUACCCCACCCACGCCUGCCGGGAAUACUUGAAGAACCUGCCACUGCUGUCCAAAUACUGUGAAUUUCGGGAGGACAACAUCCCUCAGCUGGAAGACGUGUCACGCUUCCUCAGGGAACGCACUGGAUUCACCAUCAGGCCUGUGGCCGGUUAUCUGUCCCCACGUGACUUCCUUGCUGGUUUGGCCUUCCGGGUUUUCCACUGUACCCAGUAUGUGCGGCACAGCUCCGACCCCUUAUACACCCCAGAGCCGGACACAUGCCAUGAGCUGCUGGGUCAUGUCCCGCUGCUAGCAGAACCCAGCUUCGCCCAGUUUUCUCAGGAGAUUGGUCUUGCUUCACUCGGGGCCUCGGAUGACUCCGUUCAGAAACUGGCCACAUGCUACUUCUUUACGGUGGAGUUUGGCCUAUGCAAACAAGAAGGGAAGCUGCGGGCAUACGGAGCAGGACUGCUGUCAUCUAUCAGUGAGCUUAAGCAUGCACUCUCUGGCAAUGCAAGGAUAAUGCCUUUUGACCCCAAAGUUACAUCCAAGCAAGAAUGCAUCAUCACAACAUUUCAGGAUGUCUACUUUGUGUCAGACAGCUUUGAGGAGGCCAAAGUCAAGAUGAGGGAGUUUGCCAAGACUAUCAAGCGUCCCUUCACAGUCCGAUACAACCCUUACACCCAGAGUGUGGAUGUGCUAAAAGACACUCCUAGCAUCAACAGCGUGGUGGAGGAGCUUCGGCACGAGCUUGACAUCGUCAGUGACGCUCUCAUCCGGCUGAACAAGCAGCUGGGUGUGUGACUGCCCACAUUCUAGUUCAAGUUAUCCACCUACAGUCCAUCAAUGCUUGUUGUGUUACCCCCCAAGCAUCGCUGUAGAGACACUGCUCGUGUAUCGCCCUUCGUCAGUACAAUGAAUGUGCACUGCUUUCAGCAAAAUGCUCUGUUGUUCCCACUGCAUGGUUUAUGGCUUACACAAUUUACAGAAGUGCAUUAGGUAUGUUUAGCUACUGAAAUCAGUAAACUGCACAAACCCAAAGAGCUGUUUAACUUGAGACACUGUUUUUCUUCUUGUACUUGGCUCAACUGGCUUCUGUAUUGCAAACAAUCAACAUGUUUUCAUGGUACUUCAGUACCCUUUUAAAACCUCCCCAGCUGUUACAAACACAGAUGUGGUUUCCUCUUCCUAUUGUUAACUCUGCUGUUGUAUAUUAUCAUGUGAAUUUUUUGUAUUCUUCUUUUUCUUCCUUACAUUUAAUCUUCCUCACUCCAGUGAUACGUAUAAAAUGUACCUUGUUUGUAUUCUUUUUGUGUAUGUAUCAUGUUCCUUUAUGUUUUCUGUUGAGGGAAAUUAUGAAAGUGAAACCUGGUGUUAUGAGAAUGUUUUCAUGACUGAUUAUGUCAGAUGUGGCCCAUGUAUGCCGAUCUAUUUUAUUUUACAGUGAUGAUUUUGAAUACCUCCUCUUCAAGUGAAUAUAAUUGUAGUACUCCUGAAAUCAAAACAUUAUUUUUCUACUGUAAAGAAAUAUAGAUAUCAUGAGUAGGCUAUGUAUUUGAAACUAUCGAGAAAAUAUAUAAAUAUAUUGUGUCUUCACAGUGUUUCAAAUGGUUUGUUACCUGUGGUUACUUCUUGAUGUCCUCAUGGUGGCAGGUUUGAUUAUGGGUUAAAGAUGCUGAAGGUGACACUGAUGAUAAUCAUGAGGUGCAGAAUGAUGAUGGCAAGGACCUUGAAAGUGAUAAAAGUUAUGAUCAAGUUGGAAUUUGUGUAAUCUCAAUUAAACAUUGUAGGAACAGUUAUCCCUUUGACCUGAAGGCCACAUCACCUCUUUGUCUAUUUGAAAAUUUUGAAAUAGAGUAUCACUGACUCACAUUUUUGGUGUUGGUUUCUUGGACACUGAAUCAGUGACCACUUCUAUGGGCCUGUAAAGUCUUCAUGUAGCAUAUAACAUCCUAAACAGAAAUUCUCAAUGUCAAGUCAAAGGUUCUCUUUGUCCUACUUAGAGAAGAUUAUUAGUCUUAACCUUUAUGAUGAUAGGAUUUAUUCAUCAUCAUGAGUUAGUUUGAGCGAGCUGUAAAGGUUAAACCUGAGUGUCAAAUUAAUUAAAGUUGUAUCAAUAACAAAGCUACCUAGUUUUAAUGUGUUAACUUGAUUCCCCCUUAACAUAAACAGAAAGAUUAAUCUCUUAGUGGCCCUGUUUAAUUCACCUAAAUUAAUCUAAUACGCCUAU